GGGUGCGGUGGGGAUAGAAAUGGCCAUCUUCCUCUAUAAAAAGCUGCAUGAAUUGCAAUCCUAAUGUCUUACCAUUUCAACUCAAAGCCAUUACUGAAAUCUCCUGCCCUGCGGUUUGAAUGGCUACUCCAGCUACCAAUGGCGAAGAGCGAUUGAUUCAGAAGAAGUAUUGGAUGGAACAUUCAGCCGGACUUACGUUGGAAGGCAUGCUGCUCGAUUCCAACGCUUCCGAUCUCGAUAAAGAAGAAAGGCCUGAAGUGCUCUCUCUGCUUCCGCCGCACGAAGGAAAAUCGGUGCUGGAACUUGGAGCCGGCAUUGGCCGUUUCACAGGCGAUUUGGCGGAGAAGGCCGGCCAGGUUAUUGCUCUGGACUUCAUCGAGGGCGUGAUCAAGAAGAAUGAAAGCAUUAAUGGACACCAUAAAAACGUCAAGUUCAUGUGCGCUGAUGUAACUUCUCCAGAGCUCAAAGUUUCUGAAAAUUCAGUCGAUUUAAUCUUCUCGAAUUGGCUGCUCAUGUAUUUAUCUGAUAAAGAGGUGAAGAAUCUGGCAGAAAGAAUGGUAAAAUGGUUGAAAGUUGGGGGUUAUAUUUUCUUUAGGGAGUCCUGUUUCCAUCAAUCCGGGGACUGUAAACGAAAAUACAACCCCACCCACUACCGAGAACCAAGAUUCUACACGAAGGUGUUCAAGGAAUGCCAUAUGCAAGAUGAAGGUGGAGAUUGCUAUGAGCUCUCCCUCGUUGGCUACAAAUGUAUCGGAGCUUACGCCAGGAACAAGAAGAAUCAGAAUCAGGUUCUAAAUCAUCUCUAUUUUGUUUCUUCAUUUGCCAAUUCGCAAGCCUUGAACCAGAAGAAUCAAAUCUGUUUGUGGGUUUUUCAGAUCUGCUGGAUAUGGCAGAAGCAGAAGAGUUCCAACGACGAUCGAGGAUUCCAGCGCUUCCUAGACACAGUUCAGUACAAGUGCAGCGGUAUUCUCCGCUACGAGCGCGUCUUCGGACCAGGCUUCGUUAGCACCGGCGGGAUCGAGACGACGAAAGAAUUUGUAGGGAAACUGGACCUUAAACCAGGGCAGAGGGUUCUGGAUGUUGGCUGUGGAAUUGGGGGAGGAGACUUUUACAUGGCGGAGAAUUUCGAUGUCGAGGUCGUCGGAAUAGACCUCUCCAUUAACAUGAUAUCUCUUGCUUUAGAACGUGCUAUUGGACUCAAAUGCGCUGUUGAAUUUGAAGUGGCCGAUUGUACCAAGAAAGUUUACCCAGACAACGCAUUUGAUGUUAUUUACAGCAGAGACACCAUUUUACAUAUUCAAGACAAACCAGCGCUGUUUAGGUCAUUUUACAAAUGGGUGAAGCCUGGGGGAAAGAUUCUGAUAACUGAUUACUGCAAAAGUAGUGGCGCUCCUUCCCCUGCGUUUGCAGAGUACAUCAAGCAGAGAGGAUAUGAUUUGCACGACGUCAAAUCUUACGGCCAGAUGCUUGAGGAAGCUGGUUUCAAGGACGUGGUAGCCGAGGACCGAACCGAUCAGUUCAUGAGUGUUCUUCAAAGGGAACUGGACGCUGUUGAAAAAGAAAAGGAUGCAUUCAUCCAUGAUUUCUCCGAGGAAGAUUAUAAUGAUAUUGUUGGAGGGUGGAAGGCAAAGUUGGAGAGGUGUUGGUGUGGUGAGCAGAAAUGGGGAUUGUUCAUUGCUCAUAAACCCAAAUGAGCAGCAGCUGCCUUUAUUAUUGUAAUUACUUUGUUAUUCGGCAACUCUUGUCUAUUCCUUGAGUGGAUUGGGAUUAAACGUUAAUAAAUGUUUUAUCCACUCAUUUAUUAAGGAAAAUAGUAAUAAAAAUAAUCAAAUAUUGUCCUACUUGAUGUCUACAUUGUUUUAUGUCAUUUAAA